UAACAUGAUUGACAUGAAUCAAUGCAAGAAGAUCCAAGCCAAGCCAUAGUUUUUAGUGGCUCCCACUUUAAUUAAGUAAAAAACUUCGAGAAAAUCAAUUUGAAAGAUUGAAUUGAAAUAAAUAAAGAAAAGAAAUAAUAAAAGAGAAAAGGUAAGCAGGGUUUCAUUGAGAAUGAAGGUAGUAGGAUGGUGGGGUAUGGUUGUCCAGUCUUUUUCAGAUUUUGAGUUGCAGAUGGAGGGAUUCUUGGAUUGGGCCCUUCUGUUUUUUGAAUUUUCAUUUUUCAUUUUAAUUUCCCUCCCUUCCCAAACCUUAUUAAUCAGUUAAAUUGAAAAAAAAAAAAAAACCCAAGCAGCAGCAGCAGCAGUAGUGGUGAAAGUGAAACCUGAAUUCUGAAACCGGCCCCUUCUUUCUUCAUUUUUUUUCUUCUAUUUCUGUGUUCUAUAUCUGGAAUAAUCUCAUUUGGUAGAGUUUGAUUUUGAAGUUGAAGAUUUGGGUUUUAUUAAGAAAAAAUUGGAGAAGUUUUUGAGUUUGCAAAACAGAAGCAAACUCCACUUCUACUUACUUUCUCCUCCAUUUCUUUAAAAACUGUAAAUUUAGAGGAAAUCCAAGCAAGAAGAUUCAACUAUGAGACAAUCUCUCCAAUUAUUGUCUUCCCUGUAAGUCUAUGGUUUCUGGUAAAAAUGUCGGUUACUUCUCUCUUUUUGUAUAAGUUUGGUCUGUAUAUGUAUUUUUUUAAUGUUUACUGCCUAACAGCAAAAGUUCUCAAUUAUGCAGUCGUUGGAAAUGGCUAAAAUAAUGAAAUGAAGAUGAGAUCUAAGGAUUUUCUUUUUAUUUUUAGAAAAAAAAUUGAAUGUUUGCUGUAGCCAUUGCUAGGGUAUUGUCUUCAGUUUCGUUUCCGCCAUGGCUACCAAACGCGCUUACAAGCUACAGGAAUUUGUGGCACACUCUUCAAGUGUGAAUUGCCUGAAGAUUGGAAGAAAAUCGUCUAGGGUUCUUGUGACUGGAGGUGAAGAUCACAAGGUUAAUCUCUGGGCUAUCGGAAAACCCAACGCCAUACUGAGUUUGUCAGGACACACGAGUGGAAUAGAUUCAGUGAGCUUUGAUUCUUCAGAAGUCUUGGUAGCUGCAGGUGCUGCAAGUGGCACUAUCAAGCUUUGGGAUUUGGAGGAGGCAAAAAUUGUUCGGACUCUGACUGGUCAUAGAUCCAAUUGCAUCUCUGUGGACUUCCAUCCCUUUGGUGAGUUUUUUGCAUCUGGUUCUCUUGAUACAAAUCUCAAGGUGUGGGAUAUCAGAAAGAAAGGAUGUAUCCACACGUACAAGGGCCAUAAUCGAGGAGUCAAUGCAAUCAGGUUUACACCAGAUGGCCGAUGGGUUGUAUCUGGCGGCGAGGACAACAUUGUGAAGGUUUGGGAUUUGACUGCUGGAAAACUGUUGCAUGAUUUCAAGUCUCAUGAAGGCCAAAUCCAGAGCUUAGAUUUUCAUCCCAAUGAGUUUCUUCUGGCUACAGGUUCAGCUGACCGGACUGUUAAAUUUUGGGACCUAGAAACCUUUGAGCUUAUUGGUUCAACUGGGCCUGAGACUACUGGAGUCCGUUGCUUGACCUUCAACCCUGAUGGGAGGACUGUACUCUGUGGAUUACAUGAAAGUCUGAAGGUUUUCUCAUGGGAACCAAUAAGAUGUCAUGAUAGUGUGGAUGUGGGGUGGUCUAGAUUGUCAGAUCUUACUGUUCAUGAAGGAAAGCUUCUUGGCUGCUCCUAUAAUCAAAGCUGUGUUGGCGUUUGGGUUGUGGACAUCUCGCGCAUAGAUCCUCAUGCUGUUCCUGAUGCUAAUUGUGUGAAUAGUCAUUCUGAGCCUAAAUCUAGUUCUGGUGGAAACCCCGCUGUACUGAAUGAGAACACGACCAAAGCUAGUAUUGGAAGGUUAUCAGUUUCACAAAUUUCUGAUACUUUAGUGAAGGAAACGAAAUCCCUUGGGAGGUUAUCCAUUUCACAAAACUCAGAUCCUGCUAAGGAGUCAAAAAAUUUGGCAUCCACAGGAAAUGUGCCUGAUACACCUCAGAGAGUCAAUUUGAACACUGCCCCUAAGACAACUCAACCAAGUUCAGUAACAGUUCCUAGUGGAGCAGCUCCAAAGAGGAGUUCCAUGAGGACUAGUUCAUCUGUCAAUGCUCCAAAUUUUAACAAGUUAGAUGUCAUACCUGUGAUUGUGCCUAGAAAUGAUAUGAGGUUGGAGCAGGCUGUUGAAUCAAGAAAAGAAGUUGGAAUAUCGAGGAGAAGUUUGGAACAGGCUGCCGAAUCUAGAAGAGAAGUUGGAAUAGCUGGGAGAAGUUUGGAGCCGAGCCAGCCAGCUGCUGAAUCUAGAAAAGAAACUGGACCAGGUGAGAGAACUUUGGAGCUAGGAACUGAUCCUAGAAAAGAACUGGGUAUUGUUGGAAGAACAAUGCCAUUUUCUUUGCAGUCAAAGACCUCUAGUUUUCGGAAAUUUCAAAAUAACAGAGAAGACAUGGAUCAGCCAGCUAUCUCUGCUCCUUCUGAAGGUGCAGGUUCAAAGGUGGAUGGAUUCAGCAGUGUUCUGGACAAGAGUAUAUUUCCUUCUGUCAAAGGCCCAAUGAAAGGAAUGCCUGUUGCUGAAAGGAAUGCAAGAGAAGAUAUGUGUGUUGGCUCUGAUAAGAGUGAACCAAACUCAGUGGUGGAGUUGCCUCCAAACUACUGGGAUGAAAAUUAUUCACAAGUGAAAAGAACACAUAGAGAUGCAUAUCCUUUAGAAAGCCAAAAAGGAGGAAAAACACAUGUAGUCAUAAAUUUGGAGAAAAGAGGGAAACCUUCUAAUUAUGAUAGACCUAAUUUUGGUAUAUCUACAGGGAAUGCAUCUAUGUCAAAUAUGUCUUCAUUCAAUUCGUAUAAACAAAGAGGAUACCAUCCCUCUGUCGAAAAAGAAAUGCCUUCUGCCAGUGAUGAGGAUGCUGUUGCAGAUGUAAUGGAGCAGCAUGACCAAUUCAUUGGUUCCAUGCAGUCUCACUUAGCUAAGUUACAGGUUGUUCAUCGAUACUGGGAAAGGAAUGACGUAAAGGGUGCAAUCAGUGCAAUGGAAAAGAUGGCUGAUCAUGCUGUGCUUGCAGAUGUCUUGAGCAUUGUCACUGAGAAAAUAGACAUUGUCACAUUGGACAUUUGCACUUGUCUUCUGCCCCUCCUGUCUAGUCUCCUUGGAAGUGAGAUGGAUAGGCAUUUGUGCAUUUGUCUUGACAUGCUGCUUAAGCUGGUCAGAGUAUUCGGUCCAAUGAUAUAUUCAACAUUAUCUGCUUCAACACCUGUUGGUGUAGACAUCGAGGCAGAGCAAAGGUUUGAACGUUGCAACCUCUGCUUUGUAGAACUUGAAAAAGUAAAGCGAUGUCUCCCCACAGUUACUAGAAGAGGGGGAUCGGUGGCAAAGUCUGCCCAGGAAUUGAAUCUAGCAUUUCAAGAAGUGUCAUAACCGAAACCAACACAUAGAAUCAUGAGUGCAUACACUAAGCUUAUUCCGUGUGCUUUUUAUGGAUUAAAAUAUUUUGCUGAUGUGGAGUGCAAGUUUUUAGCAUUUAAAAUGCAUGCCGGUGAAAGCAUCGACGACUACUUCCAUGCAUACUGUCAAGUCCUAAUGGUCAUUGUAAAUGGAGGCAUUUAAUCUGCAAGCUGAUUCUACUGCAUUGUGAAGGGCUAAUGGAGUUGUGUCACACUGCUGCCGGUUGCUGCACAGUUUUUUCAACUUCUAACCCAAUAAUAUGUUGCACAUCAAUUUGCACCUUUUUGGCUUGUAAUGCUUAACUGUGUAGUAUAAUAUAAUAUAUAUAUAUAUAUACACGUGUUAAAGCUGUUGAAAAACCUGAAAAUAGAGCAAUCUUUAGCUGCUUGUGUUGGAUUGGUGAAUUGGGGUUGUGUUGUUUGCAUGAUUCGUUCUGUAAGAUUGAAAGAAAAUGAAAGACAAAGCUAAGAUAUUGAUGA